AGGACCAAUGAGGACGAGUUAUGGACCACCUCUGGUUGGAGAGGUCACUCUUACUAGCCACAUUACUAACCUCGCUCACCACCGGAGACGAUGGGUACACCGGAAGUAUGAGGAGGGAUAGAGAGAAGGCGCUGCAGGUGAUUCAUGACGUAGCCACGGAGAACAUGGGUUCGCUGUGUGUCACUGAGCCUUACCGCUCGCUAAAGGUGUCCCUUGUCACAUCACAGUAUGAGGGCGUACAGCAGAAGGCUGACAUGGCCGCCAUGCUCCUGCAGGACCUGGGUGUCUCCCACCACAGCGGCUUGCUGGACGCACUCGCCCGCAGCCUCCUGGUGUCCGAUCGCCACGUGUUGACGGCUCGAGUGCUCGCCCUCAACGCUUCUUCCAGCACGAUAAUCAACUCGGUGUCCUGGCAACGCCAGUCUCCGUUGGCACCAACUCUCAUGGCCGGGGGACUGGACCACUCACCCCUCUUCGAGCUAGGUGGCCCCCACUACGUGCAGGAGAGUGGGCUCCGCACGGGAUUUCGUCCCGACCCCAAGUACCCGUGGUACGAGAAUGCCGACACAAGUCCGGGUCUGUGGUCUCCCAAGUUCAUGCCGAGCCCCACCAACAUGUCGUACCGGGGUUGGUGGACCUUUCCGUACUACUCCUGCACCGUCCGACGUUGGCUACUCUCCUACAGCGUGUCAAUUCCGCCACCUACCAAGCACGGGGUGAAGGGUUUCUUGAGCAUGGACAUUGACGUUUCUGGCCUGGAGGUGAACCAGUGUGAUGUAAGUUCCGGUCCAACUCUCUCCAAUCAGAUUCAUGCACUCAGGGGUACCCACAAGUGCCACAAUGACACCACUCAGUGUGAAUUCCGCCCCGGGCUGGGCUGGGUACAAGGUGGGUACCACUGCGUCUGUCGCCCUGGGUUCUACUCGUUACGUCAGAAGGGUGUUUUUAACGGCACUCUAGUUGAAGCCGCGUGGAUGGAGCGGGAGCAGAACGUGAGUUCUUUGUACCAGGAAAUGUUCCGCUGCCUCAAGUGUGCUCCUGGAUGUGAGGCCUGUCACACGAAUGCGCCUUGUCUGGCCACAUACAACUGGCCCUUCAGGAUCUCGCUUCUAGCUGUAUCAGUCUCGUGUGUGGUGUUCACGUUGGGUCUAGUUGGCUAUGUUUACCAGCACCGCAAGAUCAAGGUGUUCAAGGUGGCCAGCCCUAUCUUUCUGGGCAUCACACUUCUUGGUUGUGCUAUUAUGUAUCUUGAGAUGGCAGCCAUUUUCCCAGUGUUGGAUCUCUAUUCUUGCAUUGCAACUAAGUGGAGCCGACAUCUUGGUUUCUGCAUAACCUACACAGCUCUUCUCAUGAAGACUUGGCGGGUGUCACUAACUUAUCGAGUAAAAUCAGCGCACAAGGUGAAGCUCACAGAUAAACAGCUGCUGCAGUGGAUGUUCCCCAUCCUGCUGGUGAUGCUCAUCUACCUGGGCACCUGGACCCUGAGUGCACCCCCCACAGCAGAGCAGAUCCGUGAUCAGGCGGGCCUCCGCUUUAACCAGUGCUCCUACAAUUGGUGGGACCACAGCUUGGCCAUUGGGGAGGUACUGUUCCUGUCUUGGGGAAUAAAGGUGUGCUACAACGUACGGAAUGCAGAAUCGCUGUAUAACGAGGCGCGGCUCAUCAGCUAUGCCAUUUACAACAUUGCUGUUGUCAACACAGCUAUGGUUGCCUUCCAGUAA